CCAGCACUGUUAGACAUGAUGUUGGAAAAACAACAUAUAAUGGAGUUCAAUAAAGCGGCUCAACUUAGUGUUGAGCAUACACCAUUUAUACAGUGUAGAAAAAGGAAGAUAGACGAUGCCGAUCAUAUCAUUUCGGCUUAUCAGGCCUAUAUUGAGGAUGAGAUCAUUACUUUAAAUAAAGCGACACAGGAUCCAAAUCCAGAUACUCCUUCCACUUUUCAAAGUAAUAAUAUGUUUAAUAGUAAUUCGCAAGCAUUAACUAUACAUCAAAAGCCGGUCGUUGAUAUUUGUUUGGAAUCACCACCGUUCAGAAACCCAGAAGACUUGAUGGCCAUGCCGGCAAUUCAAGCGUUGCACGUUGUUCGACUUCAAUUGAAAUUGAGUAGUAUUUUGGGCGGUAUAACACCAGUCUUUUUAUUACCCACUGCUUUACAAAGAGUAAUACCUCAUGAUAUUCGAAUCGAUUAUGUUCCCGCGGGUUCCGUUCGCGACCGACUCAUUUUGUUUCAGGAUUAUUACGAUAUGGAUGAAUGUUUUCAGUACUUAACACAAACGAUUGUCUUCACAGGAGGCGAUGUACGGAAUCCAAAAAAUUGGACCUUAGAUCCAUCUUUUAAUGUAAAAUUCUGGUUCCUGUCCCAUCAAAUGUACGAC